AUGUCAAAGUGGAAACUAACUCGUCUGUUCAACCACUUUUGUUUUGUUGCUGAUGUGACUUCCAUUGAAGACCUAGAGAAUCGAGUGAAAACAAACUUGACAGAAUUGAAAUCUAAAGUGCCAAGCUGGGCAUCAGAGUCAUCAUUCAGCCAUGAUAUAGAAGAAAUAGAAAAAAUGAUCAAAGAUUCCAAGACUGUGAAAUUUGAAGACUUACCAUAUAUUCUGGUGAGUUACUUUGCAGUUUGGGACACUAUAGAAUUAGUAAUUGAAUUACUGUAAACAGUCAUGGGUAAGCUGCAGGGCUGUCACUUAGAUUUCAAGUCGCCAGGUUAAUACAACAAGUAGGUGGGAAUCAAACAGCGAGCGAUUUAUUUUGGUUCUAUUUUUCUUCUAUUUUGCUAUGAAAGUAGCCGGAGGCCACAUUCAAGGGGAAUCCCUGACCCCUGGCUCUUAAUGACAGCCAUGAAGCAGCACCCCAACUUUCAUCCUAUAGAUUUUUAAAAAAAUUAAAAUUCAGAAAAGUACUGAAGUUUGCUAUUUUUCUGGUACUGGUGAUGUGAGGAAAAAAGAGGUAAGUCAUAGAAGGCUGGACAUUUAUGGGAGAUGUUUGGAAGCCAUCAAUCAGAGAAAGGCUUGUUGCUAAACAAGAGUUCAACAAUUCUCUUGAUUGCAUGCUAGUGUGGAAAUUAUAGUUGGUUGUAAAUGGUUGUAGAGAGAUGGUAAAUGUUAUGGGGAUUACAUUCGACCUUCCCCUUAUUGGCCACCUUUUUACAACUCACAUUUAAAGUAUUGGGAAUCCGCUGAGGUUUCAUAAUUGAUCAUCAGAAAUAAUCAGAUUGACCCAACUGAUUGAUCUUUAAUUAUAAUCAGAACAAUUUUUUACGAUUAUUAUUCCAUUUAGUGUUCAUUUGCUUGCAAGUCAAAGUACUAUAAACUUUUGCGUUUUUGGAUAGUAGACUUCUUUUAUUAAUGGCAACCAUUUUGGGAAUAAAACAAAAUCCUUACAAACCAAUAAAGUUGAGAAUUGCAUGUAUGGACAUCCAUUGAGCGAUGUUUUAGAACAUGACAGAAACAUAUGAAAUGUAUCAAAGAAUAGGUAUCAGUGGAUUAUCUGCAUCAUGACUCCAUUAAUAAUAGAACACCUUAGUGUUUUAAAACUAUUAAAUUUAUUAAAAUAUAUUUCUAUUUAUUAAAGAGAAUAAAAAGCACAGCUAGCCGUUGUAACGUGUUUGAGAACAUGACAAAAAUUUGAAAUGUAUUAGAGGAGGGAAUUCAGGGGAUUAUAUCUGCUGCAUUAUGAGUCUUUUUUAAAUAGAACAUCUAAUUAGACAGUUUUUUAAAACUGCUGUCAAACCUCCAUGUGUAACCACAUUUUGUAAGUGCCACCUCCCAUAAGCGACCACCUACCAAAAACAAAUUUUUUUCCUGGUUGGAACCUCUCAUAAACAACCACCUCUUGUGAGCAUCCGGGGCCAUGUUUCAGGCUGAUGGUUUUUAAACCAUUAAAAUAGUGAAGAAUAAUUUUCCUUCGUUUUUGAGCUAUUUUGAAAAAAUAGCUCAUAGGUCAGUGGUUUGGGUGUGUGUCUUUGUGGCUUUGUGGCCUUGUAUGUUCGGAUGUUCGUUGCAGGGGCCAAUAAUGUUGAAGGUACUAUGAGUUGAUGCGGUUGUAAGAACCAAUGUGAUUUUGGCAUCUAACUGUUAAUAAUGAUUUUGCUUAAGGUCAAACAAGGGCACUUAGAGACCGCCAUCUUGAUUCUUCACAAUUUUUACGACUUUUAUUAGUGGUUAAUUAAGGAGUUUAGAAGCAUAACAUUGAAAUAUCUUCAAGAUUCAAACGCUGAGUACAGUGAUGCAACUGUUUGAGGGGUGCAUAUUUUAGUUUGGCGGCUGCUUCAAGACAUUUGACCUAAUUCGGCUAUCGCGAACGGUACAACGCACUUAUUUCAUAAUUUAUGUUUCACCUGCUUCAAGGUAGAGUAUAAAAGAUCAUAUAUUUUUCCAUGGAUAUUAUCCAUGAUUUUUCAAAGUUCUUCCAAUGAAACAAUAAUAAUAUUGAAAUUUAGGCAUGGACUUUAAUUCAGAAGUUUGCGGCCUUUAAAUUGUUGUUUUAGAAGUUUGAAAGGCAAGGCGAGUGUUGUUAAUCCUGUAAACAAGCUUUAUUCUCUCGCUUACAAAGUUCAACAGACCUUUUUUGUACCGGCCAAAGUUAUUAUAGUCAUGGAAACGUUUUCAUUUUAUUAGAAAAGAUGCAUGCUUGUAACUUAAGUUGAAACAGUAGUGGUCAGUGAAUUAAAUUGGAAGUUCUAAGCUAGUUGAAAAAAGAAUUACACAUUGCUUUAUUGAGUGGAAUAACAUGAUAUGAGUAGAAAUAUAUUUCGGCAGUUUGAUAAUUUUCUUGGAAGGUAAUAAAUAUUAGGCUAUCAACCUUGACAUUGCAUGAAGUAUACUUUAAUUGCAGAUGUCGUAAUGAAGCCAAGAUGAUUUCUUAAAAUCAUUUGAGAAAAUUUUCUAGCAAACAAUUUACGUUUUCUUUACAUGCGAAUUGUAAAAGGGCUAAAGUCCAACAUGCAAAUGUGCAAAUUGUGUGCAUGAGUUAUUUUUGUAAUUCUGUUUACUGGAUUACUGUGUGAUAACUCGAAUUCCCUCACGUACGAACUGCGAAAGGGGCAAAGUCUGACACUUUCACGUGCUAACUGUGUAAUUCUACAUCUCAUGCUGACUGGCUUUUCAGAGUAAUAAUCAGUAACUUGAAUGAUUGAAGCCAUCUUUAGUUUUGUAACUAGUGCCUAAGCAAAGGCUCUUUUCUUUUAAGAAGCAAUAACUUAUAACCCUUUUAGAAUUAAGUUGUCAGAGUUAAAGACUGUUUCAUUAAAGUAGAAUCGCACGUGACACCCUCGUGAAUAAUGAUGAUGCAACCAUUUACAACAAUGAUGAAAAUCGUGACAUUUCUUAGCUAUUCAUUAUUUUAAGAAACCAUGAAGAAACCUUCGAGUCUUCCCUCUUAGCAACAUUUGGUGAGUUUAUAUUUAUAGUACUUUAACAGUUUGUUUAUUUUGCACCAAUUGUCUGAAGGAAAGACAAAGAAAAGUGAAUCUGUAGUAUGAGGAACAAAUCAGCUAUGCGCAGCAGUUCUCGUUUUCAUUAAUGUACGGCAAUACCCAAUUUCGUGCAAAACAUAAAACAGUAGAUUGCUGAUACUGUUACACUGAAGCAUUUAAAAUAGCUCAUGCACGUAAAAUGUGAGGCCUAUGUUUUUACCUCUUGUAAGCGACCACUUGACGCAUGAUCUGAUCUCUAUGUUUGCUUAUCUACUAUGUGUUAUGUGCUGCUUAGAAGUAUAAGAACUUCUAUCGACAACAUGGAAACUUGUACACAUAAUAUUGCAACUUAAACAUUGCAACCAGUGAUUUAUCUUCCAUAAAGAAGGUUUGUCUGGACUGCUUCUCGGAAGAGGCCCUCUGUGGUUCCAUUCUCAUAAGUGAGUACCUCCUGAAAGCGACCAUCAAGUCUUUGCAUUUUGGAUGGUCAUUUACAGGAGGUUCAACUUUAUUAAAAGUAACACAUUUUUUAGUUGUCAGUGGGCAAUAUAUUUAUUUUUACUUUUUGUGACAAUUUAUCAUUGAACAUUUUCUGUAAUUAUCACAUUUCGUUAGGUUUUUAAACAAUAAUAAUAAACAGUCUAUUACAACAAUAAUUGUUUUAAUAGACUGUUCGUAGUCCCCUAUUUUCCUGUAAUAUCAUUGAGAUCGAGUGCUUUGUAUUAUGUGCAGCCAUCUUGCAUGAGUGUCAAAACUACUUAGGGGGAAGGGGGCAGUUUUGGAGGAAGCGAGAAAAAUAGAGGGACUGUACUAACAUCACUGCAGCUCAUGUAUAGGAGGCGUGACAGGAAUUUCAUGUCUUUUACCAUUUAUUACUAUUCGCCUGCUGGCAAUGAAAAACAUGCCAGACGCAUUUAGACAUCGAUUUUGCGUGUUUAAAAAUAUCUCCUUUUGAAACGGUGAUUUUAUACAGUUUGUGGGACAUUCCUCUAGGGAAAAUCAGCAAACAUGCACAGGUAAAACAUUUUCCUAAUCGAAGAGCUAAGUAUGCUCACUACAGUCCCUCUAUUUUUUUUGCCCCUCUCCCCCUACAGCUACUAUAACCCCGAUGCCUGCCCCCUCGGUACAUUCGAAAAUCAGUGAUGGUAAGACGCGCUAUAUCUCCAUGAUCUCGACGAAAAAUGCGGGGUUGUGAACAGUAUUAUUUUCUUUUCUUUUAUGUGCUCUUGAGCAUUACUACUCUCUGUUGUUGUCGUGGAGAGGAUAAUGAGUGAAUGUAUGUUUGUCUGCUAGGACAAAAUAUGUGGCCUUUCGGGAGAGGUUGCAGUCAGUAGGGUUGCCUAUAUUACUAUUUAUAUAUAGGUUGGAGUUUCAGUGUGAAAAUGAGUACCAGCAUGGGUGCUAGCAUUACAACAGGAAAAUAAUAUAAUAUAAUAAGUGAUGGUAAUAGGACUGAGUGGAGUCCAAUUCGGUCUGUAAUCAUACGAGUGAUUAACAAAAUCGGACGACCGCAUAGCGGGAGUCGGAUUUGUUUAAUCAUGAGUAUGAUAACAGACUGAAUUAGACGACACGAAGUUCUGUUACCAAUAUUAAUCAUAACUUUAACAAAAUUUGUGACAUAAUAGGCUAUCUUUUAAAUCAAAACACAAGAAAUUCCGAAAUUUUUAUCGCUAGCAAUGAAAAAAAAGCCAUUUAAGCGCGCGCGUGAUGGUGCGUACUGUCCAAUUACUUAGGCAUGACGCAUACUGUCCUAUUAACUGUCCAAUUAAGGCUGAAAUCAGGGCAGCUGAUAGCCAAUCAGAUUUGACAAUUUUGUUACAGUUAUGAUUAUAAUAAUAAUAAUAAUAAUAAUAAUAAUAAUAACAACAAUAACAAUAAAUAUAAUAGUAAUAUAAUGGUAAUAAUAAUAAUCAUUAUAAUAACAACAAUUAUAUCACUUAUAAUGCACAAAUUUGCAUAUGCAUAUGAUCGAUGUGCACGUAUGUUGAUGUCAUUUGAAAGAUUUGCAUUUCAACUUAUACAAUGUAUAUGGAGAAUUUCAGUUAUGGAGACCACAAGAAUAAUGCCUAUAAAUACUAUUUGUAGCCAUUUGCCCAUUAACACAAGAUAUUUGCUUCUCAAACUCAUUAAUUAUUCAUGACCCAAUCAGCUUGCAUCAAUUGAGUCAGGUGCGUGUAUUUUGAUACCCAAUGAACAUACCGAUUAGUUAAAAAACUGAUCAAGAAACUUGAAUUUUAAUCAGUCUUAAUACUAAAUACAGUAUAUUUGCUGCUUCAAUAAUUGUUACUUACAACAACAAUAGGGCAACAUAUUAUUCUUUGUUGCUUCUUCUUGCUCGCUCACAAACUCCUUCUUCUCCUUCUUGCACUUAAUGUGAAGCCCUUCUCGAACGCCAUCCUUCAUCUCUGCAUCUAAGCAACGUCAGAACAGGACAAACCUUCGAAAAACAACACACCAAAUUCAAUUCCCAAAACAGUGCAUUUAAAAAUUCUGAACAAUGCGGUCUAAAAGUUGUCAAUUACCUUUUGUCACUAGCGUCCAGAGGAUUCAAAGCUUCGGAUCCAUUUUUCUCCUCCAAUUAACGCUUGAGUGCACAAAUGAUACCAUAAACAGUCUUGAGAGGGUAUCUUUCACCGGACUUUUUAGCUACCUCCACCACGAAUUUUGACAGCCAAUAGUUCAGCGACAGAACAUCCAUUCCGGCAAUAUCUGCGCUCAAAGCGGUAACCUUGUGUAACCACAAUCUAAUACCGGAACUUAAACCUCUCUUAACCUCUGCCAUUUGGCAAAAUUGCUCACAGCCCACUUGUUUUUAUACUAGUUGAAGCUGGAACAGCAUCAUUCACCAGAACAUUUCUUGAAAAGAAGUUUUAGGAACGCGAAAUCGUUCUGAUCCGGACUUGGCCUCCAUCAUGGACUGUAAUGUUAAUCUACUAAAAAACCCGCCAGCAUGGCCGCAUAUUAAAAUAUUCAUUUCAUUUAUCACGAAUAAGAAACAAACAAUAGCCUAUUGAGCACGUCUUCUAAUUACCUAUUCUUCGGAAAUAAUUCCACUAAAUUCUCACACUAGUUUGAGAAGUCAUGUCAAGAACUUGUGCUUCGUGUUUCAUCAGGGGUUCCAGGCGCCUCGAAACAAUAAAAGAACUUGGCCUGCUGCCUCGUGCUUUCAUCUGUUUCUCUGUGUCUGGAACCCCUGAUGAAACACGAAGCACUCGUUUUUUACAUAUUACUUCAACCACCUAGUCCAAGCAUUUGGCUGUUGAUGUAUCUCUUGUUUGUUGAGGUAAUUAAUAACACAAUCCAAAUCUUGAACAGUUUUUCAAAAGUCUGGCAGGCCUUUGAUUUCAAAACCUCUACAAAAGUAGACUGGCAUGGUGACUGAACUUACCCUCUGAACCUACUGGCUAGCAAUAGAGUGCAUUGCCUUGUUUUGCUAAUUACAUACAUGUGUCUCAACUAUCGAACAAUUAUUUAAUUAUGCAAUUGUAAUUUACAACUGACUACAACACUAAUUUCAUGUUUUAAAAUGGAUCUUUUCAGGAAAUCCACAAACAUAUGUACAGAGAGGAGUUGGCGGAUGGUGGAGUUCACAUAAUACCAAAAGAUCACAUUUCCUUACAAAGCAAAAUUGCCCUUGGAAAGCCAUAUUCUGGUGAUGUGUAUAAUGCUCAGUGGACUCAAGAUGAUAAUACUAAGGUUGUUUGUGAAGGCGUUUUUCUUUUUUUCUUUUCAACAUAGAUGUAGGCCAUUACAUGUACAUGCUAUGGCUAUAUGGUCAUCAAUUUUUCGUUUGGUUUAAAGUUACUUUUGAAAGUCAGUUACUUCAAAGGAUGCAUUGCAAAGUAAGUUAUGUGACUGUAAAAUACAGGUUUUUUUAUUACAGGGAAAAAGUGGCCUACAACUCAGCCUAAAUGUAGGCGGGUUAAAAUGUUUCCAGUCUAAAAAAUGCCUAUUUCUAAACUUGUUUUUCCUUUCUUAUUUGCUAUCUCAAAGUAUUAUUUCCCUAUUCAAUAUUAAUUUAGCAUCUGCUCAUUACUCUACCAGCAUUUCUCAAUAAUCCCUUGUUGUUCAUGUAAUAUAAUUAAAAUAUAAUUUUACAGAUUGAUGUUGUACUGCGAUGCGACCUUGGUCCACAACAGCGGGAAUUGUUUGUAAGAGAAGCCAAAAUAAUGAGUGGCCUUGACCAUGAGUACAUAAUGAAAUUCUAUGGAGCUGUUCUUCUUGGUCCCUAUGCACAUUCUGUGGGACUGGUAAAUAGACAAUUUUAAUUUGCUCUCAGCUUCAUAGCUGUACUAUUGCACUUUUAACUCUCAAGAACGAUUCAAUUUAAAAUUAAUUUUGGCUUAAGUUAUUUCAAAUACCUCAAAUAAUGGCUCAACAACAUUUGUAACAACAUUUGCAACUAUUAAUCCAUACAUGAUUGUGUGGAAAGUAAUGAUUAAUGGAAGGUUCCAUGCAUUGAGCUGUUGGUUAUACAACAAUUGGUUACUCCUUGGGUUUUGAGAUGUACUUGCAGGAUCUAUGUUAAGAAGUAGGAAUACACUAUGACAGAAGACCUAGGUGUAGCUGAAAUAGACAUUGCUACCUUUUUUAAAUGCUUGAAGCUAUUAAUACUAUCUUCAAAGUGCUGUUGAAGAGGUACUUUUUAUCAUCACAAUGCCAGUUUUUGUUUUGAGGCUCAAAGUUAGAACCUCACUGAAAAUUAGCAGUGUAUUACAGGGUGCAAAAAGUAGCUUAAAUGUAUGUGCAAAUCACCAUUAUCUAAUUUUGUGUAUGCAUUUAGGUAAACUAAUGGAAAAGUUAUCUUUUCUCUGUCUCUCCUUUGCAUCCAUCAGGUAGUUGAAGUAUUCAGCUGUGGAAACCUUGAGGAGUUUCCUGUUCCAUCAUUCUUUCAUGCCUGGCUUUAUGCCUCACAGCUUUCUUCAGCACUAGAGUACCUAGAAGCAAAGAACAUAUUACAUUCAUCUGUCAUAGGAUCUUUUGUGUACAUCUCUUCACCUGAUAAGGUACAUGGAAUGCUCAUCCAACAAGAUAUGAGCUCUGAUAUGAGAUAUAUUAAUUUUUUAAAAAAUAUGAUGUGACUGGUUUCCUUUGCUUGACACUGACUGUUAAUCUUUUUUCCUGUUUUCAGGUCAAACUUGGUGGUUUUAUGUGUUGCUCUUAUAAAGGGAAAACAGACAGAGAAAGUGUGUAAGUUCAAACAGUUUGUGAUCCCAGACAAGCACUAAGACGUCCUCCACUAGUGAAGCUUGUAUAUUAAAUGGCUCAAUGCAAAACGUCCCUCGGCCCAUUUGUUUCCUUUUUGGAGGGAUGUUUUGGCGUGGAGCUUGUCAUUUAUUUCUCGGAAGGGGAGAUUGAGCCUUUGUUUCAGUAUCAAAUACACCCUCCUGUCAGAAACCCCUACAAUGCAGACACCUCUGUCUCUAUUACUGACUAUUGAUGUGGACCCAAAGAUACCAAACUUCACAGAAUUUCUAUCACUGUGAUCAAUAUGGACACCUGUGUUAUGUGGACACCUGUCCCUUUGGUGCCCGUCUGAAAGAGGUUUCACUAUACCCCAGUUGCAAUAGGAGAAUCAAAGAGCUCCGUGAACCAUGUUAUGAUUGUGUUAUUAUUAGAAUAGAGUGUCGUAAUAGACUUUACAGGUAUUAAACUUAUAGCUGAAGAUUGACCAAAAGGUGAACUGUUAGUAGAAUUGAAUGGCGGUAAUAAGACUUCAUAGAACAAAAGAUGGCAAGAGUUUUUGUAGUAAUAUUUUGCAGAACAGAAACUGUGACAAAUCAUUAACAAAAGAGUCAUGUACUUGAAUUUUAGUAUAAAAUUUUAGGUCUUUUACUCAAAAAAUAACUAGUGAUGUACCCUAAGUAGCCUUGCCUCUCUUCAGAACCUCCCAUUUAUUUGGACCCCUGUGGGUUACAGCUCUCUUGUUUUCGGGAUAGGUUAAAUUGGUAACUUUUUUUUUUCUAACCCAGGGUGCAAAGAAAAUCAUUUUUACAGCUUGCCAUUCGCGCAAGCUGAAGCUAGCAUUUAGUAGCCCAGACAUCAUUUCAACUAGCCCCAAAAGCUUCUUGACGAGCAGAAUAAUAAUUGAUUUCAUAGUUCUUCUGUUAUUUGAAUUCCUCAAAAAAUAUCACUUGCCCAUCGGGCAAGUUAAAAACAGAAUUCACUAGCCCAAUAGCAAAAUCCACUAGCCCUGGGGUAUUGGACAGUACCUUCUUUGCACGCUGUAACCAAUGUAAACCAAUCAUGUGAGGUCUUCUGAGAGCUGCAAGAUAGCCCUGUACCCUGGAUUCAAGGGGGUUUUUUCUUUCCUAAUUCCUGAUAUCAAACUGUGAACAUGGAUUUUUCAUGUGAGUUAUUUCAAGAGCAGACCUUUGGCGCCAGGGCACCAAGUGGUCAUGAAUUUGGCAAAUUAUACCAGUGGUAAAACACUGCAAUGUAUUUGCUGAUUUGCAGUUAUUUUUAGCAGGACAAAUCAUCCAAAAUUUGCACAGUGUCAAAAUAAUUGCGUAAUUUAAAUUGAAACCUCUGCCUCUUAAGUAGUCGUAUACUAGGAAGGCUACGAUUCCCUGAAAUCCAGCAGACAGCAAUAAGUCAUUCAUUGCGCAAGCACAUUCAUGACUUAAAAAGUAAAGUAAAAAUCAAAGUGGUUUGAAGCUUUUCCACACAAUAAUGUAAUAUAUUUUAUUUCCCUCUAUCAAAGGGACCCGCUCUUGAGGUCAGCCUUAACUGGACGUCAAGAACAGCCUGUAGGUGACCUUUCACUUGAGGUUGUUAUGGCCAUGUUUGGGCAGGUUGUUGUUAAAAUGUUCAGACACCUGACUUCUCAUCUUUCGGCAGAACUUUUGGAUCUUUUUUCUGUAAGUAGUCGCAUAAAAUAGCAAUGAGUAGUAUAAACAAGUGCAUUGUGCUCUGAAGGGAGGAAUUAAAAAUUAUUCCCUCUUAGAUGUAAGUCAUCUAUUAUCGCUGAAGAGAUUUGUCUCUGCUACCUCUUUUUUGCUCAGGUAGUUGCAUACUGUGUUUAUAUUAUGCAUUAACUUGACUGUUAGGGUGGAUUUCCACCGGGGAUUCUGUCAUGAGUUCACGAAAAACAAUUUUGUGUUUCAUGAGUUAAAAUGAUUAUGCUUUCACACACGCUUCUCAAAAAUAUAUGUUGUACAAAAUGCCAAAAAGGUUCCAUCAGUCCCAUUUUGUAAAGCAGGGUGCUUCGAUUAAGUGAAUUUGAGUUUUAAGAACCUUACGAAAAAAACUUCACUCGCACAGCUCACCCACUUGGUGUUGUCACUGCCCUCAUAAAUGUUAGAGUAUCAUUGUCAUCAUCUUCCACGCGAUGUCCACAUUCACUGUCUAUGUUGUAUUCUAUCUUCUGGGGGUUGGUAGAAACUUCCUGUUCUGAUUCAGCGUGGUAGAAAAUUUCUGCUUCCACAAAAGUAUUAAUUUUCUCGGAUUCAUGAGCCGUGGAGGCCAUAAUUUCCCUAGUCUAAUUAUUCACUUUUGAUCUUGAACACAUGUUCGAGUGAUCUCUGCACGGCCAUAAAUCUAGGGAAGCCAGGUGUAGGUGGGUCUAUGUGCACUCAAGUGUGAAGACUCAAAAGUGAAAUUAAAUCAAGCCACCAGAUGGUAGUUAAGUUUUUUUGGCCAAAUUAACGAUUGAUUGGCCAAAUUAACGAUUGAUUUUCUUUUCUUGUGUCACAAUCAAGGAUUUUGGCAGUUGUCGUUCCACAGAGUGCACUUCAAUAAUGAUUCACAGAACAGGUUUUCAGUUUAUCAUGAUUCACGGACACUGAAAAUGGUUGAUCAUGGCGUCACGAAAGUGAUGUUGUCCCCCUCUAAGAUAGAUGCUUCUGGGUAUAAUGAAGAAGUGUCUCACCUGUAGAGUCACAAAAAUCAGCAUAAGAUUGGAAGGGACACUAGACAGGAAGCAGUGUUGUAGAAGUUUUUGCAAGUUAGUACAGUGAAUGUGCACUCUUACGCUGAUUACCAAGCAAAAAAUUUGAAAACAAACCUAAAAAGGAAAGAAAUAAAAAGAGACUGCAUGCACCCUGUGACAUGGUGAAUUAUGCAUUACCCUGAUAAUGUGUAGGUACAAAUGGUCAAAGCUCAGAGUGUUUACAGCCACUUCACAAGAAGCUGUCAAAAAAUGUACCUGAGUUCAAGAGCAUUGGAAGUUUUAAUUGUAGUUUUAUAAGCAUUUGGCACGGUUGGUUGGUUGUAGAAAAAAUGUUUAUUUCUCUUUUCUCCGGAAACAACCCAAAGUUCUUCUUAUAAGUCGUUGAAAUAAACAAAGAAAAGAUCAUCACAGUUAAAGGUGCAACUUAUGCAGUUGCAAAAAAAAAGCCUGGCUUGGCAGAAUUAGAAACCUGACCUCUGUGAUACCGGUGCAAUGCUCUAAUCAUUUGAGCUAGCAAGCCAAAUGGGAGCUGGUCAUUUAAUUGGUUCAUAAUGUACCCACGAAAUUAAUGAAGAUGAGAUGAUGAAUAUAGAAAAUUUACAUAUUCAUCAUCUCAUAAAUCAUUGAGUCAACAUUUUCCACCUCUGAAUGCUGAAGUAUUUUGAAGAGAUUCUCGGUUAAAAUUUGAAUGCAGUUCAUUUUAACUCCUACUAUAAUUUUUAAAAUUAAACCAUUUUACAGAUGCUGCAGAAGUAAUUACACAAUAGCUCCUUUGCUGGUGAUCUUAACUUUAACUCUAGCUCUAACUACUUCUUAGGAGUUUCCUUUUUAAUGAAAUCAUAAUUUUAGUGGCAUGUUUUUGUUUUUAGACUACAUUACAUUAGAUUUGCCCAAAUCCGUUGUGAAGAUAUUGGUGCAUGGUCUAUUUGCUGUGUUGAGGUUAUGAACUAUAAUCUUUCUUGUAGCAUGACACAAUGUCCCCUCUGAUGUGUCCUAGUGGUGUUGCUUCUCUUAUGGAACGAUGCUUGUCUGCAGAUGUUCACAACAGACCAGCUUUCCAAGAAAUUAGUAAAGUCCUUGCUGAGGUGCGGUAUUAAAUUAACAGUUUUCAUUUAGACACAGUGUCAUAUAUUUAAUAACUAUAUGGACAGAGUGUUUUAACGGGAACUAAAGCACUCUCAGAAUCACUACAAACGGGAACUUAGUCGCUUAUUUUUUUUUAUUUUUAACAAGAUUGGUUAUAUUGAGCAGUGACUUCACAAUCGCUGCCAUUUCUAUCUUUGUGGAAAGAACUGGGUUGUUUGUUGUUUGGAAUAUUUAUGACGGCUGAAAGACAUUGUGGUGAAGCGAAUGUGAUGCAUUUUCUAAACAACUAUAGAACAAGAAUAACCAAGAAAACGCAGUAUGAGCUGACGAUUGUCAGGAAAUUUGUCAAAGUUGUAGCCAAAAAGUGUAGUCAGAUAUUACUCCUGUGGAAGUGAGUGAGAAACACUCUCUGUCCCUAAUGACAGGGAAUUUAUACCAAGUACAAGGUAUUUUGAAAUUUUGUAUAAAGCUCAGCAUUUUUAAGAAUAGCACUAUCCAGGGGUUUUAAUAAAAAAAUUGAAGUAGCGAGCAGGUUUGAAUAGAGUAACCGACCGUAUCAACAAUGGGCCGUUAGUCCCUUUUUUCUUGUGGGGAGGGGGGGGAGUGUCUUAAAAUUUCAAAGCCGUAAAAUGCGAUUUUCAGCGUUUUGGGGACUAUAUUUGAGGACAAAAGAGCGAGUUUUUCAUUCAAGAAAAUGAAGCUUUCAAUUUAUCAGUCACACAAUCAAUUCCUACAAGCACUGAUCAAAUGAUGAAACCUAGAUUACGUACUUUUGCACGUAAACAAAUUCUGCGUAAACCUAUAAAGAAAGUUGUGAAAAAUGACUAAAGCGUGACGUAAAACCAGUGGGCCUUUAUGAACACACAUUAUAAUUACGUUUAGUCAUUCAAAUUUGAUGAUAUAUUUUUUGUUUACAACGUUACUGAAACUAGUUGCCUCUUCUUUCUAGAAAAAAGUAGGCGACCUCUAUGAGCAGAGUAGCCGACGCAUUUCGUCGGCCGUCGGUGCUUAUUGAAACCCCGGACUAUCUCUAGUAAAACCCAAAGCGUUUCAAUCUCUUCUGUGCUCACUUAUGAGAUAUUGUUCUUGUUUAGAUUUAUACAUACAUAAAAAAAGAUAUUCACAGAGAAUCAAACUCACUCUGUUUUUUUGUAUGAAAGGCGUGAAUUUGAACUGGAUUCUAUGGAUUUCCAUGUUGUCUCAUUACAUAACUGAUCAUAGAUUUGUUUGCAUCUUAUGCAUGGAGGAAACUGUAUUCCUUCUGAUGUUUCAGUCUAAAUUAACAAUAGGGACUUUAAGAUCCAACGACCCGGACGGUAACGAGAACAUCGAAAAAACAAUUGGUUUAAUAAGCAAAACAACAACUUUGCACGUGCAUCACGCUUGUUUGUACAUUUCUUUCCUGUUUUUUCACGACUACGACGUGAAUAUGCCUAACUUUGCGUUUUAUGGAGGACGUAAACAAGCAACGACGAAACUUUGUUUGUCUUUCUGAGCUUGGCUAUGGACCCUUGAAAUUCAGCUUCAGAAGGGUUCGCCUACAUUUCACAAAGUAAGUGGGUUGGAAUAAUUGCGAUAAAGACUGAAAGAACGCAAAUUCAAUUUUUAAGCGACGUUCUCGUUGUCGUCGCGUCGUUGGAUCUUAAAGUCUCUAAUGAGUUAAUUGCCCUUUGCAGGAAAAACCAAUGAAAUGUUGUUUUACAGUGGAUAAAAAUGACACCGGCCCUUGUCAGUUAAAAUACAAGAAGGGUGAAAUGGUCUGGGUUAUUUCUCAAGACACAGCAAGGUACGUUAAAUAAGUUUUUAAAUUGGGUUCUCAAAAUAUAUCAAAGGGUUUACUGUACUAUUACUGAUAAUAAAUUAAUAAAUAAAUAAAAUUAAUCUGAUGCACAUGUGUUUUUGUAGGUGUAACGGCAUGUGGUUUGGUCAAAAAGAAGAUGGAAAGACGGGAUGUUUUGAAAGGGAAAAAACCAUUAAAAUUGAUGAUGAUGAUAGAGGUAAUUAAUAAUCAAUUAUUAAAUUGCAGGGAAAUCUGUAUGCUAAGUUAUUAUUAUUGUAGAGAGUAGGAUUGUAGGGACUGAAUUAUCCUUUUUUAAAGUGAAAUCUCAUUGGCAUUUUCGUCUUUAUCUUAUGGAACCUCAUUAAGAUAAGGUCAUUUUUGGUAGUUUAACCUGUUGGAAAGGUUUUCCAGUGAUUUCUAGGUCAAUGAAGGUCUUGCUUUUGAUUGGAUAACUAAUAACUGAGUAAAGUAGUCAUUGGUUGAUUCAUGUUGUUGAAGUGCGCUGACUCGCCUGUGACUUAAAAUUACCGAGGCUUAACGUAAUUAUUCAAGUUCUAUCACUUGUCACUUUCAAUCUCUAACACAGUUAUACCAGUUCCGGCUUAUUGAUUAUUGGCGGGCAAAUCGUAAUUAGAGAGCGUUAGAUUUGAGGACGAGAACAAGGACGAGUACGAGAUUUAACUUUAAGUCUUUGCGCGUGUUCUCAAAAAAAAAAGACGCUCCGGAAAGCUUCAUUUUACUUUUUUUCACCAAAAAAGUUAGUACAGUUAUUUAUAUUGAAGCAGGUUCAGCCCUCUCCCGAUCUAAGACUUCUUACAUUUGAUAACUUGCUCCCACUACUUCAGCAUUCUCGCUAAAUCCCGUUCUACAAUGAUCACGUUUUCCCGCGAAAAUGACGCUGGCUCAUGCGCGCGCAAUACUUAGUAUUGAGAAAAUCUCGUACUCAAAGUCGUCGUCGGGAAGCCCAACUCUCUCUAUCAUGAAAAAUACUUUUUCCCUUUCCUUCCUCCCUUUUUUUGCUGCUCCACAUUUCUAAUGCUACCUUACCACCCCAACCACAUUUCUAAUGUUUUCCGUCCAUUGCCGCAACCACCACCACCACCAUAUUUUUAUUGUUUUCCCUCCACCACCACCACAUGUCUACAUCUACAUCUACAUCUACAUUUAUUAAGUUAAUAAAAUCUUGUAAGACAUCACAUCAACUGUAAUAAAAGCUAAAUUAACCAACUGCCUCGCUUAAGUGGAAGGUGGGUGCCUGGGAUACCCAGGGGCUUCCACUGUGGCCAGCCAGCCCCUAGAUAGAAAAACUGCCCCCAUGGCUGGCAAAUCCCCGCAACCCAGCCAUGAGCCCCCAUUCCAGGCACCCGUCACACUGAUCAAACAGUGGAAGGAAGAAAAUAGGGAUGGGAGGGGGGGAAGACGCUAAAUGAACCGCUCCACAGACCACUGCACAAGCGCUCGAUGAACAACUCGCAGAUCCUAGCCAUGUACAAAGCUACCACACACCGUGUGAGCCUGCACUUAUGGGAUUGACCGCUGGAUGCCCGCUACGCUCGUGGGCCGCUUGACCGCUAAGCUUGUAGACCGCUUGACCGCUAAGCUUGUGGACCGCUAGACCGCUUAACUUGUGGACCGCUCAACUGCUAAGCUUGUGAACCGCUUGACCGCUAUGCUUGUGAAUUGCUUGACCGCUACGCUUGUGAACCGCUUGACCGCUAAGCUCGUGGUGGUUAACUUAGUUAAAUUACAUUUAACCAAAUUUAACCAACUGCCUCGCUUAAGUGGAAGGUGGGUGUCUGGGAUACCCAGGGGCUUCCACUGUGGCCAGCCAGCCCCUAGAUAGAAAAACUGCCCCCAUGGCUGGCAAAUCCCGCAACCCAGCCAUGAGCCCCAUUCCAAGCCGAAGGGACUCUCCGAGCUGACGCAGCCAGAUCGGAGAGGGAAAGAGGGGCUCAGGGCUGGGGGAAGCCCUGGCCCCGAACUACCCAAGUCCCGAGGCACCCUACAAGGACAACUAGGAAAAGAGAAAGAUACGCAAGAAAUACCUGUCAAGUGAGAAGGCUUGCUACCCCCACGAUAGUACUGACGGGAGUGUGAAUAUAGAUCUGAUACGCAUCGCUGGACCAUCUGCCAAGUGUCUUGAUGAGGUGAUCUGGUAAGCCACGAGAGGCUGCUGAAGUAGCAGCGCCAAUGCGGAAGCUAUGACCGGUGUAGCAACCAGUGACCCCAGCAGCGGAGAAGAUAGACUGAAUACUGGAUGUCAGCCAUUGGCGAUGUAGAGGGGUGCCAUCAGAGAGAAGGAAGAGUGGGCCAGGAGUUGAGCCACGGACGUGUAGAUACUGGGUAAGGGCGCGCACAGGGCAGAGAUCACGUUUACCAGCACCAAUGUAAAUAUGGCAACCUUGGCGAAAGGGGUCCGUCUUAGAGCACUUAAUAUGAAUCCUGAAGCUGCUAGGAUUGACUAGGGAAUCUGCUUGGACAUCACUGACAGCAAGGUGGAUGUCAGGAUUGAAGGGAGAGUUGACAGUAAACUCACCAGCACGUAAGAAACCAAAAAACCCGAGACAGCAGGCAGCCCAAAGCAUUGUAUGGUUGUAGUCAGAGAAGUUCAAGGACUGGAAGAUAAUGUGCAUCAGCUCGAUUGUGAUGGGUUGGCGCUGACGCUUAUUUGAGCCUUGGUGACGUUUGAUGCCCCGCAACACCCGCUGUAACCGAAGGCAACCAACCAGCGGAGAAGGAUGACCCUCCUCAAUGUGAAGGGACCGAAUUGCUGAAAGGUAAACCUUUAUGGAUGAAUGGUGAAGAGUAUCAGCAAGAUGACAGCAGAAACGGAUGAGCACGUCUUCACUGGCUGGAAGAGCUGAUCCCGAAGGAGAUAGGCUAUUGUCCUGAGCACAGAAAUCCAAGAAGCGGCGUUGGGCAGAAGCAUAGACUUUCCUAGUGGAGGGGGCAAGACCCUGAGUCAAAUAGAAGUGGUAUUUAUCUGACAGCGAAGAUCCAAGUCCGAGAGGAGCUGCUGCGGAAUCUGGGUUGGAAUGGAGUCUGCAAGAGGAGCUAGCCGACGAAAACGCUGAAACUGAAAGCGAGACAGGGAGUCAGCAAUGGGGUUAGACUUCCCUCUAACUGGAGAGGCAGUGAAGGAGAAGGAGUGACGAGCUGCCAACAGGGACAGAUAGCGAACCAAGGACAUGAUGAUAGGGGCUCUUGAAGUGCCAGACCGCAAAAUGUCCACCACUGAGCGGUUAUCUGAUAGGAAGUUGACCCGUUUGGAGGCCCACUGGGGGCCCCAGAGGUAAGCUGCCACGACGAUAGGGAAAAGUUCCUUGUACUCGAUAGACUGAGAGACCUGUGAUGGGAGCCAUGCACCUGAAAACCAGUGACCCUGGAAGACUGCUCCAUAACCAAGAGCCCCAGAGGCAUCUGAAGAAACCUCGAAGUCAGGAAUUGGAGCCCACUGGGGGUACUGAAGAAAGCUGCAACCAUUCCAAGACUGGAAAAACUCUUGCCACCAGGCUAGGUCAAGAAAGAACUCUUGAUUGAGACGAAUCGGGUGGUCAUCGCGUCGAAAGGCACAUAGUAGGUUAAUCAUUCGGCGCAAGAAUGAGCGACCUUGGGGUACGACUUUGCAGGCAUGCUGAAGGUGACCUAUUAGGGACUCCAGAUCCUUGCGUUUACACCAACGCUUUUGUGACCAAUCUUCCAACAAGGCAGUUAUCCUAUCAAAUUUGUCCUGGGGAAGGCGUGCCAGCAGAUUAAGAGAGUCCAGUUCAAUGCCCAGGAUGGUUAGGCACGUCGACGGCCCUUCUAGUUUGUCUGGAUGGAGGGGGAUGCCAAGCUUAGAAAAACAGUCAAUUGACCUGUCCAGAUUAUGUUGACAAACAGAGGAGCCGGGAGGGCCAAGAGUGUGGAAGUCAUCAAGGUAAUGCAUCAGGAAGGUGACAUCGUAGUUUUGCUUGGCCACCCACUCCACUAAGUCUGCUAUACAUGUGAAGAUAUAUGGAGCUGACCUGACACCAAAAGGCAGGACCAUAUCAACAUAAAAGGCACCACGCCAUUUCAUACCCAGCAACUGGCGAUCUUCUGUAUGGACUGGCACAAUACGGUAUGCAUUUUGCACGUCAAAUUUCGCCAUGAGGGAACCCCGCCCCAGCCGCAUUAUGCCUGCAAUAAUGUCAUCUACCUUCAUGUACUGCAGAGAAUAAUCCUCGCCCGCAAUUCCGUCGUUGACACUGUGCCCCGCAGGGCUAGACAGGUCCAGGAUAAGACGCCAUUUGCCAGGUUGGUGGCGUUUGGGGAUGACGCCGAAACGACUCACGUGGAGGACAGGGAGGGGAGGCUGGGAGAAGGGGCCCGCCACCCUGCCUGACUGAACUUCCGACUGCAAGUAAUUGUCAAUGACCUGAGGGUUCAGGAGUGCUGAAGCCAUAUUCCCUGUUGCCGACUUCAGGGAAGUACUGUAAUUGAAACCUAGGUGAAAACCAUCGCGAAGGCCUUGGACCACAUAUGCAACUUUGUCUGGGUUAGGAUGAUGACAGAGUUCAUGCUGGAAUCUAUCCACAUUGAUGGGAGUAAGCUGAGAAACUGGUCUUAAAGGACAAACAGCUGGAGAACACAACGAAGAACUGGAACUUGGCAGACCCUGCUGCUGAGAAGGUAACACAAAAGGAGAACGCAACUCUAACGCUGAAAAAUUACCAUGAGAACCAACGUGAACAGGAACAAAACUAUUUACAGUUGAAUUGGCUAGAGGUUGCCUAGCGACGGCGGAGACCCCCCUUUGACUGAGAAGGGGAGCGGGACCGUUCUCUCCGCGCGGACCGGUGAGGGCAGUGGAUGCGGGGGUGGUCCCCGUGGCACGAUUCACAGGAGUGACGAAACCGACAGCGACCAAAGGGCCAGUGACAGCGCCCGUCGUUCCAGGAGUGGCAAUACUGGCUAGACCGGGGAUUGCCUGAAGACCCAAGAGGCUCUGAUAGUGACGAGGCAGAGGAAGUGGAGGAGCCUGAAGCAGUUGAGGUGGUCACUGGAGAUCUGGUGUGAAAGUUGUAGAGGUCUGGGUGCAUGCGAGACCAGUCGGUUGAACCUGAGGCUGCGGCUUCUUUUCGGAAGGCGAUGUCGUAGUGGAGCCACGAUUUGUCAGAAAAGCGCCUUGCUGUCUGGAUGAUGAGUAACUUGUACUGAUUUAAAUCUUUCCAGCGAGAGGGGAAGGUGUGGCAAAGAAUCAUAGAAAAGAUUGUGAAGGCUUCAAUCCAGGUGAUGAUGUCUGCUAUUUCAAUGACCCGUUUCUUCGACCCUGAUACCACCAGUUUUCCCUCCAAGAACGCUUGGGGUUCGAUUUCUUGAGCUCUGAUGUUGUCCGGAAGGAGGUCAGCCAAGUCUACAAAAAGCCCUGCGGUAAUUUUAGAAACAAGCUUGAAGGGGACUGGAGCAUAGCCAGGGCCCACCACAAAUGCUUUAUUGAGGUUUGGAAGCGUAGAGGACUCGGUUCCGGUCGCGCCACCACAAGAGCCCCCAACCACUACAGGCAAGUUGGCGGAGGACGUGGCGGGAAGAGAGGAGACUACCGAAGGACCGCCAGAUGAGCUGUACGUUGAAAUAAAUGAGGGCACAACAAGCGUACCUGAAGACUGGGAGGUAGAGCCAGGGGUACUGGAGCUAGAGGAUGCCGGAGACUGCGUAGAAGUCGAAGUCGAGGAGAGAGGAACAGACGCCGCGGCCGUGUUCGAGUUCCCGCCACUGGAAUCUCGAAGGGAAGAUAGCAGCGGAGGGAGCGAUUCCGCGAGAGCUCUUGAAAUUGCCUGGGCUAGCGCGUUGGUGUCCGGCAGGGAAACAGGUUGACCUGGCGGAGAAGCCGAGGUGUUAACUGUAGGAGCUGGGGUAGAACCGCUAGAAGAAGGCGAAGACGCGGUAACCGGGGAAGACAUCGUUGACAGGCUGUUGUUCGUGGUACGCAUCCUGAACGAACGUGACGACCCGCACGCUUUGAAAAAUAAAUGAAAGAAAAAAGGAUACAAGAAAAAGCACACUGUAAGACUGACGCUCCAAAGAUCGCUAAAAAAGGCGAAAGACGCUAAAUGAACCGCUCCACAGACCACUGCACAAGCGCUCGAUGAACAACUCGCAGAUCCUAGCCAUGUACAAAGCUACCACACACCGUGUGAGCCUGCACUUAUGGGAUUGACCGCUGGAUGCCCGCUACGCUCGUGGGCCGCUUGACCGCUAAGCUUGUAGACCGCUUGACCGCUAAGCUUGUGGACCGCUAGACCGCUUAACUUGUGGACCGCUCAACUGCUAAGCUUGUGAACCGCUUGACCGCUAUGCUUGUGAAUUGCUUGACCGCUACGCUUGUGAACCGCUUGACCGCUAAGCUCGUGGUGGUUAACUUAGUUAAAUUACAUUUAACCAAAUAUAAUAUAUAUAUAUAUAUAUAUAUAUAUAUAUAUAUAUAUAUAUAUAUAUAUAUAUAUAUAUAUAUGUAUAUACAUACAUACAUAUAUGUACAUAUGCAUAAGUUGAAUAAAAGUAAAUAUGUCAAAUAACAAAAUAAAUAGAUGAUAAUUCAAAUUAUAAUUUACUUCACUUAUUUCACGUCCUUUCCUAAAUUUAACUUGAAAUCAGAUAAUGACUUGCAAUUUACUAAGUCAGCGGGCAGUGAGUUCCACUCUGUUAUUGAUCUAGGAAAAAAGGAGAACUUAAAGACGUCCUUAGAAACUUUUGGCAUUCUAUACUUAAAAGCAUGGCUGUUGUGUGUUCUUAAUUCACUGUUUGGUAUUCAGUGCUCUUCUGUGUUUAUGUCUACUAGAUUAUGACUAAGUUUGUACAUUAAAGUCAAUCUGUUUUUCUUUCGUCUUGUUUCUAAUGUGUCCCAUUUCAGAUCAGAUAACAUGUCUGUCAUACUUGCUGUUUUUGCUUUCCCACUACCACUACCACAAAAUACCACAACCACCAACACCACCACAUUUCUAUUAGAGACCUUAAGCAACAACCGGAUGCGGCCCGGAGUAGGCGAACCUGAAGUAAAAUUUUGCGCUUUUGUGCUAAUUAGCAUAUUUCUUUGAUGUCAACCACCCUCAUCACCACCACCACCACAUUUCUAUUGUUUCCCCCCCACGGCCACAACCACCACCACAUUUCUAUUGUUUCCCCCACGGCCACAACCACCACCACAUUUCUAUUGUUUCCCCCCCACGGCCACAACCACCACCACAUUUCUAUUGUUUCCCCCCACGGCCACAACCACCACCACAUUUCUAUUGUUUCCCCCGGCCACAACCACCACCACAUUUCUAUUGUUUCCCCCCCACGGCCACCACCACCACCACACUUCUAUUGUUUUCCCCCCACCACCACCACCAUCACCACAUUUCUAUUGUUUCCCUCUAUUACCAGCACCACAUUUUUAUUGUUUUCCCUCCACCACCACCACCAUCACCACAUUUCUAUUGUUUCCCUCUAUUACCAGCACCACAUUUUUAUUGUUUUCCCUCCACCACCACCACCAUCACCACAUUUCUAUUGUUUCCCUCUAUUACCAGCACCACAUUUUUAUUGUUUUCCCUCUUUCUUCUCCUCCUCCGCCUCCACAUCCUCCCACUCAUUUUCACUGUUUUUGUACCUCCUCCUCAUCCUCAAUUUUUUCACGAUUUUAAUUGUUUCCUUACAGUUCCGAUUGAAAUCAGGGCUCGUGGUAUUGAAGCAGAACUGGCCUACAGAGAUGCUGUCUUGGAGGGAAAGGUGAAAGUAUGUCGUGCUCGACUUCUAAUAAUAGGCCAGGACAGGGCUGGCAAGACAAGUCUUAAGAAAUCAUUGCUUGGUCUCCCCUUCAAUCCAGAUGAACCAAGCACAGAGGUUUUGGAAGUGAAUCCAUCAAAGUUUGAUUUUACUGUGGAGCAAGUUGUUGACUGGAAGGCUGUUGAUAGUAAUGAGGAUAAGCAGGCAAGACCGGAGGAUCGGAGUGUAGCGAGACUGGUUGCCAGUAACAUGACAAAGGAGAAGACAAAUGAAAAACAGGUGUCACCAAAGAAAGAGAAAAUGAAGAUUGAUGAAGAACAUGCCAUUGAACCAACACAGGUAUAUAAAUCUUAAGUUUAUUCUAGGUUGCCACGGCCAGGGAAGCGUUUUUUUAAGGUCAUGGGAAAGGCAGCGGAUUAAAAAAAAAAAACAGGGAAACCUAGUUCUUGGCUGAGUCAGAAAAAAAUAGGGAAUUUCGUUUUCAGGAAGGUGGAGGUGAAGGUUAUCAUGUUAUUAACACCAGUGAAAAGUUCCAAGGUAAAGAAAUUGAAAUUAAAGCAAGAAUACUAGUGUCCUGUUAAGAAGCUGAAGGAAAUAAGAAAUGCAGUAUCAGUGAAAAUCGGUUGGAGCUGAGGGAAUUUUGUCGGAAAAACAUCCAUUUAAAAUUGGUAACGCUGUCAUCAUUUUCUUUGAAUUUACUACAUUUACCAUUUAUAUUUGAUUCGCUAGAGUUUUAAAUAUGUCGUGAUUAAAUGCAAGUAUAAUGCAGGUAAUCGAUUCAUGAACUGUAACAAAUAAGAAAGGAACAGAGACCAGACCAGUAGAGAACUUGAACAGAAUUGCGUCACUUUUGAUGGCAAUAGUAUAUGACAGUGAAAUAUGCUUUCCCCCACAGUUGAUGAGUGGUGUUCCUCAGGUUCUCGUUGACAAGCUUUUAUCGUCCGUACCUACACAAGAUUUCAGUAUCUCCUCUGAGGAUUCAGUCGAUGGCUAUCAAGAGAGGCGUACUCCGAAGCCGGAUAUUACGAUGCCAAAGGAGCUAACCCCACUUGUUGCCGAAUUUCUUAGACGACAAGAAAGCCAGGAUGGGGAGGGCAAUGACAGGGAAACUGUUCUUGACAUCUGGGACUUUGCUGGUCAGCACUUGUACUACGCUACGCACCCCGUUUUCUUCUCCCAUAAAGCUGUUUAUCUUCUGGUUCACAACUUGAGCAAAAACCUGGAUGAACUGGCAGAACCAUCAGUUAAGCAUGGAGGACAUACCGUGCUUCUGAAGAACACAUCUCAUGAGACCAAUCUGGACAUGUUAUUGUCCUGGCUGGUGUCUAUUCACAGUAUCCGCCUUCCCUCAGUGGAUCAGGACUUUAUAAACACUUGUAGAUCAACCCUUCGUUGUCUACCCCCUCCUGUGCUUUUAGUAGGGACACAUGCUGACAAGGUCUCUGCAGGAGAUAUAGAAGAGGCACAUGAUAAGAUCACGUCAAACUUAAAAGGCAAAGCAUUCCAGGAGCAUGUGUUGGGUCCAUUUUAUAAAGUGGACAACACCAAGUCAUCUGACUCACCUGACGUCAGAGAUAUACAAUUAAAAGUUUGGGACAUUUUGUCAUCCGGUUUGGAUUGUUUUGCAGACUUGCCUGUCAAGUGGUUCAACUUUGAAAAGGCUCUGAAGGAACUAGCCACUGAAAAGUUUUAUUUGACACUUAGUGAAAUUCAGAACGUUGCACGGCAAGACUGUUUCAUCGAAGAUGACAAACAGCUUGACGCCAUGUUGAAUUAUUACCACGACUUGGGACUGAUUGUGCGUUUCAGGGAUACAGUUGUCCUUGAUACUCAGUGGCUGAUAAAUCUCUUCAAAAAUCUCAGCACUAUUCGACCUUAUCAAGAGCAGGUUUGUCCGCCAAAAUAAUUUUUAUGCAGAAUGUUAAAAUUGAUCCAAUUCAGUACUCUGGUGCAUCAAGUAUAGUAAGGGUAAAUAUUGAUGAAUAGGUGAACUUUUUGAUGGAAAUUGUAGACUGUUCAUACAUUUACUACCCUAUUGUUCCGUAAGGUCGUUGAGAUCGAGCGCCUACUGUGAUGAGCGGUCAUCUUGGUUUCAAAAGCAUCAAAUCUACUGGGGGACGUAGGGACGGGUAAAACCCUACACCCGCGCCCGCAAUACGUAUGAAACCAAGAUGGAUGCUCAUUACAGUAAGCACCUAAUCUCGAAGAUGUUACGUAAAAACAGGGGACCGUGAAAAGUCUAUCGCAAAUGUUUUGUUCAAUUUAAUCGGGCUUGUUUGAAACUCAUUAUCAUCCAUUACCAUAUCACACCAGUUUUACCAUGCAUUGUUUCUAGAACAAAUUUUAUUAGAAAGUUUCUGUGAAGCGAAGAUAAUGAAAGAAACCCCAUAUCAAGGUACACUCCUUGCUUUCUCAAGGUGGAGUUCAAUGCAACAACAUUCAUCAACGACUACAUGAACUUUAAGGCUGCCAUGAAAAGCAAACUUAUGGUCUGUGAAACUAACGAAAAAACACGUAAACUUGAUACGAGCUAAUAUUGUUGGAAACGCUCGCUUUGUAUUUACAAAAGCCACAUCUGGUUAUUUUUCUUGCUCUCUCAUUUCUAGACUAUGAAACAUCAUACCUGUCAUACUUGUCUUUAUUCAUUCAAAUCGUUUCCCGUUUCUGAUUGGCCUAAAUCUCCCGGUUUUUUUUUCUUGCUAACGUUCAAGUUUGGACAAUUUACGUCAUUUGUCUAUAAUUAUUUUGUUAUUAGGCGAAGGACGUACCGUAACAGAAAGCUGAAAAAGCAAAAAAUAGUUGAAGGAGAUUUCAUGUGGUUAUGAACAAUAGUGGACUGCAUGCAAGGAAUCGUUGCUUGAGAGUGAAGAAUUAAAUGACCAAAAUUGUAGCCUUGGGUCUUGUGAUACAUUCUGGGAUAAAGGGAACUAAAGGCAAACAAUAGAUUGUAAUGUUUUAAAAAGGACGAAGAAAUGUUUUCAAAAAUUUCUGAAGCUAAAAGUAAGUACAUUGUUUUAUUUUUACCAGGAUCCUUUAGAUCGUGAACUUUGGGAGAAGCUUGAAACCACUGGUGUUUUGCACAAGCACCUUAUCGACAGAGUAUUCAAAGAUAAUUUACAAGGCAAUGGAAACAAAUCACUACAGCAAAGUGUUUUGCACAUGAUGGAGAUGUACGGCUUUCUUGCACGGUUUUGUCCUGGCAACCAUUCAGACACAGAAGCGACAGAAGAGACCAAGUACUUUGUGCCAGCGCAACUGGGAAAGUCAGUGGGUGACCUGUGGUCCCUUACACCACAGGAAAGUGAUCCAUGCCCACUUGUUUUUACGUUCUGUGGUGGAUUUGUCCCCCAUGGUUUGUUUCCACAACUUGUUUUGCGUCUUAUUGCACGAUCCUCGGAGCUGAAGUGUGUUCAAGCACCCAAACUGUAUUGCAAUGGUGCUCACAUCUUUCUAGGUCAGAAAAGUGAAUUUGAUCUUGUUCUUCUUUGUAGUAAGCGCGGCAUCAAGCUGGUGUUUAAAUGUUAUAAAAAUGCUUCGACUAACCGGGAAGACCUGUCUACAGACUCUCCUGCCGUUAAAGUAAGAACUUUAUUCGAAGAAGAACUGGAAAGCUUAUGCAGACAGUGGCACUGUUUUGGCAAUGUACGUUAUGAAAUUUGUGUUGUGUGCUUGGCGUGUACACGCAGUUCAAAUGUCCAGUGUGAACGUCAUAAAUCAGCUUCAUGUUCAGAUCAGGACUGCUUGCAUCUGCUUCCCAUCACAAAUGGUGAACCCGAGACAUUAUUGACCUGCCCUAAACAGGUUGGCGAUGUGUCGAGAUUCACAUUGACUGGUCUUCACAAGUGGUAUCCCUGUGUCAAAUCCGAGGUGAGUAUUAUUUACUUAAUGUCAGGUCUGGAGGGAAACAUUUUUGUUUUCUGGAGUGUCCUAAUAUGUCCCGAGACGAAGUCGAGAGAAACAUCAGGACUCUCAGGAAAACAAAACUAAAACUUUUCCCGAGGGAACUGACUAGUGUAAAAAGUGUACAUGAUACAUACAUGACAUUCCUAAAAAUGGGGUAAGAAUAAAACCUAACAAAUUAAUACAAGGAAAUGAAUUAUCAAAACUAUUAACAAUUAAAACUACUGUAAAAUUCCGAAAAUAAGCCCGGGGCGUAUAUUUUUCAAAGGCCCCUUUUAAGGGGUUUAUAUAUGGAGAAAAUUUGCGUUUUAAAAUCGAUUGGGCUAGCCCUAUAGUUGAACGGAAAUUUACCGUGUUUGCUUUGUUUUACUUUGUAUUGGCGGGCAAUUUCCAAGUACAAGCCCCCGGGGGGCUUAUUUUUGGACGGGCGAUUUAAAGGAGGUUUUUUUGCGUUAUGAGUUUGGGGGGCUUAUACAUGGAGGUGCUUAUUUUCGGAAUAUUACCGUAUUGUCCAUGAUAAAAGGGUUUUGAGCCGACUAGGGUAAUUAUAAAUAGCUAGGAUAGCCUGGGAUGGUAUUUUAUACAGUAAGUAUUUCCAUCCAAAUUUAUUUUUUUCGCAGAAUUGAAGUGCGUUCCUAGGAAAUUAGUAUUUCCUAACAUCUUAUUUAUAAUCUUUUAAGCGCCCAACGAGGCUACCAUUUAUAUAUUAAAAUUCAACGUAAAAGUGAGACAAAGGACUCGAAUUCACCUGUUUAUUUAUACACCGAUUUAUUCAUUUUGUUUGUGUCCUAUAACCUCACAAAGGGUGAAGCGAAAAUAGCCUAUUAUAGAAUGGGUUUCACUUCUCUGAGUUUUCACAGGUUUAUCGACCCCACUGCCGCAGUAAAUUCCUGACCAGAAUAGUCCAAAUUACAGUUACAGGUGAAAAGGAAGCUUGAGUGGACCUUGUUUUGAAACAUCCCUUCCUGCUUUAUUAUGAAUUUAAAAUCAUGUUGUUCUUAUGAUAACUAGUAGUUUUUAAGCAUGGUUUUCACUAGAAGAGGAAGGAGGUUUGUAUUAGAACAAGGUCAACCACAGUCUCACGUUCACUCAAAGGCUUGGAUACUAAGCUAAUACCAGUAAAAUGGACUGUACGCCACUUCCACAUUUCCCAUAAUGCACCUUAUAUGCCUCCCAAUUUCUCUUGUGACGGCUGUAAAACCCAGGAGAAAUGAAAAACAAAAGGUAUGCAAAAUUCGGGGGGCAAAUAAGGUGCAUUAUGGGAAAUGUGGAAGUGGCGUAUUAGCUUCUCUACGCAAGUCAAAGGUUUUGACUUUCGUAGUAUCUGAGCGUGUUUUUUGCACGAGAUACUGAAGUUAAAUAAAUUUUAUCCUAUUCACCUAAAAUUAACUUCUAUGUAAUUUGAAGAUUUUUUCGUUUCAACAUAAUCAGCCAGUCAGAAACCAUAUAAACGCUAAACGAUAAAAUUGCUUCGUUGAUAACACGUCAAAGGGGUAGGACACGACAGCUAGUAACUGAUUUGUGUUUUCGUCUUUUCUCAAAAGGAAAAACCUCACGAAAACCAACGCAAACUCCGAAAGGUUGCAGACAUCGAUAUUCUCAAUCUGGCAAGUGAAAUCACGUCCCAGAAAUGGAAAGUCAUUGGACGAAUCUUGGGUCUUACAGAUCCUCAACUGGAUCAGAUAGAGAUCAACAAGCAAAACGACGUGUACGAGCAAUGUUACGAGAUGCUGAAAACCUGGAGAAACAAUCAGAGUUCUGCUGCAACCUGCGAACAGCUUAAAGAAGCAUUGUGCCAUAAAAUUGUCAUGAAAAAUGAAGUAGCAGAACGUUUUUGCUACGCGGAAAUUGAGUAA